AAGAUGUCGAGGAGCUAAAUAUUAAAUCAGUCGGAUGAAAAAGCUGGACGUGAUAGCGACAUAUGAUCAAACGCUGCUAAAAGCCAACAAGUGAGAAGAAAUUUAACCUCGCACCCCAUCAUGUCGUAUCCGUUUUCGUGUCAUUUCUGCGUUUGAUUUUUUCGUGUUUUGCAAUUUCAAUCGUUUAACCCCGGCGCUCGCAGCAUGCCGCUCGAAGGAGAACGAGGAGAGGGGAUCGUGGAUCCCUACACCAACGGAAACGAAAUCAACCCCUACGCAACUGGGUUCGGAAACCAAAGCACGCAGAUGGUCAACCACGAGGAGCGGCGCCAGAUUGCGCUCCUGCAAGACCGGAACAAAUUCCACGGCGAUCAUCUGACUUCGGAUGGAAAUCAGUGCCAGUAUCACGAUCCCGAUGGAGUGAAAAACCCCUCGUCCAAGAGUGGCAACUCGGCCCUCUUGCCGAUCCUUGCCAGCGUUUUCGGCGGUAUUUUGCUGUUCCUGGGCGGCAGCUUUCUCCUAUUUCUCAGCCAAAUCGACUGGGACGACCCAGAGCUCCGAGAAUUCACCUUUGAUACCUUUUUCCACCGGCAUAUUCUCUUCGUAUGCAUUGCAAAAGCAUCGCACUCGUAAUCAACAAUUUAGGGAUGCAUGACAAAGGAAGCAGGCUUCUUAGGUCAAUCAGCAUCAGCAAAGCAAAAUCCUUGACUUAAAAGAAAAUUUGCAUGGCUUGCAACCUCUAAAACAAAACUACAUCGGAAACUAUCCUCGUUCGGGAACGAGGCGCGCAGACCCCGGAUUUUUUCAAAAAGUGAGAACGCAGUGAGUUUUCGUGUGGGCUCUCGUUCCGGAACCAGAAACGCUGUGAGAAUUCACUGAAUUGCCACUCCAGGACUUUACAAAAAGUGAGAACGCAGUGAAUUCUUGCGCGGCUUCUCGUUCCGGAACGAGAAAUGGAGUGAGAAUUUACUGAAUUCUCACUCCAGGACUUUUCAAAAAGUGAGAACUCAAUGAGUUCUCGCUUGGUUUUCGUUUCGGAACGAGAAAUGGAGUGAGUAGAAUUCACUUAAUUCUCAAUCCUGGAAAAUUCGCGAUCCCAAAGUGGGACUUUUCAAAAAGUGAAUAUUCACUGAAUUUUCACUCGAUUUCUCGUUCCGGAACGAGAAGCCGAGUGAAAAUUCAGUGAGUAUUCACUUUUUGAAAAGAGUCACUUUUGGAGCAUGCAUGUUUCUGGAGAGAGGCUUCAGCUCCCGGAGUGAAAAUUUUCCGAAAGUGAAAAUUCACUGAAUUUUCACUUUUUGAAAAAAAUCACUGUUGGAUCACGAAUUUUCCGGGAGAGAGACUUGAGCUCCCCGAGUGAAAAUUUUUAAAAAGUGAAAACUCAGUGAAUUUUCACUCGAUUUCUCGUUCCGGAACGAGGCCUCGUUCUGGAACGAGAAAUCGAGUGAAAAUUCACUGAAUUUUCACUUUUUGAAAAUUUUCACUCCGGAGGCGAAGUUUUCCCGGAGCGCGAAUUCGGGAAGCGGGAUUUUUCCAAAAGUGAAAACUCACUGAAUUUUCACUCGAUUUCUCGUUCCGGAACGAGAAACCGAGAGAAAAUUCAGUGAAUAUUCACUCCUGGAAAAAUCUCACUCCGGAAUUUCGAAAAGUGAAUUACUAGGCUUCUGGUUCUUCCGGAACGAGGCCUCGCUGAAUUACCACCCCCGAGAAAAGCUAUCUCAUCCCGGAAUCAUUCUGGAAGUGGGAUUUUCGUAGAGUGGCAAUUCAGUGAGUUAUGACUACAUGAACAAAAAAAAACCGCAAGCGCUGACCUUUUACAGCACACACGGCAGAAAUAGGGCGAGGGCUACCGAUUCAAAUUGCAGGAAGUUCCGUAAGCGUGUUGCUCUGUCGCUAGUAGCGUUUGCUGCAUGGCGCGAAAAAUUUUUUGCGAGCCUUCUAAUUGCAGCGCGCUAUUGCCCGCGCCACAUCGCCGAGAGGAACGCCCUGCCACACUGCCUGCAAGGUGCCUGUGGUGUCGUUGGUUCGUAAGCCACGCCUGAUUUUUGUGGUUCGCAACGUCGCCCGAUGUUUUGGCUUCAGUAUGUUCAAAACGCUCGAAGUUGUAGCAUUUGGGCUCUCGUUCCCCAACGAGGGGAGUUUCCGACGCGAAGCGGGGGGGUCUUUGCAAGUCAUGAAAAUUUGCAUAUUCAAUUCCUACGUAGCUUCGAAGUUACAGAUACUCUUGCAAUGCAUACUUCGAUUUCAGCUACAACUACCACACGCGUACAAUUUUCGAAAAUUACACCUGCGACGAUGGCACGGCCGCGGUUGGCGGGGAACAAGUCCCUAUCAUCGGCACGUCGGGCUUAACACGCCGUUACGACGUCCUCACGGUCUAUGACCCGGCCACGAGCGGCUACGUGUUGCAGCGCGGCCAGUCCCGGCAGGUGCGUGGCCCGUACGGCAGCAAACCGGUGAAGUGCGUGUCCUGCGACCAAACGUGGCGCAAGUGGUACAAACUGCUGGAAAAUCAGCAGAUGACGGUCAACAUGGGACCAUUCGCCUCGCCGCAAGACCAAGCCAACCCGUGGGUCAGAACGACGAGCGUGUGUGUCGAGGACGUGCGCGAGUGGCCGCUGUUCAAGUGCUAUCCUCUGCAAAAGUGCAGUACUAGCAGCACAAAUCGCACUACUUAACCACAAAUUUGGUCUGCUUGUUCACAGAUAGAGAUAGAAUUUGUAAUGCGGGUUUAUUUCCUUCCGACUCAGAGAGUGAAGACAAAGAGAUUUGUCAAGGCAUGAUUGCAAUCAGUAGGAGUAAGACGCUUUUGCAAUGCUAUCCGGAAAAAAAAGUGUGUAAGUGUAACUUUCUUUCAGGAACAGCAUCACAAAUUUGUUCUACAUGACAGAGAAAACCUGUCGUGCGUGGCUUGUAAGGGAAAACACACAUGAAAAAAGGACUUCAUGGCUGUGUGGCAUGACAGGUGUAAACUGUUUUGCAUUUUCUGCAUCAGAGAUUUACACUUACACAGUUUUUUUCUUGCAUAAAUGCAUAAGUACAAGAAGGAAGCGACCAAGCAGGAGCGGUCCGAGAAUUACCCGCACCUUAUCACGCAGAAAGAAGCUGCCGGAAUGAGCAUAUUUCUAUUUGCAUUUGCAAUGGAAAAAUAAGUAUAAACAAAAAAGUCUGUCAUGGGAGAGCCCAUAGCACGCUGUUUGAGAUAUGCAAGACAGAGAGAUCUUCCUGUGUGUUUGUCUUUGCGUUUGUUCAAGCAUGCCCUGCCGGCUUUUCCCUCUGUGAUACACCUGAUGCAGGUCGAUCCCGCGACCGGAAAAAACCGCGACCCAUGGUUGUCCAGCGCGAACGCGGGGCCGGACGACCUGGGCGAGCCCCAUCCGGGGGUAAUGGUGUCCGCCACGCCACCUACCAUGAUCCACAACUGCGUCACCUGCAGUGGCGCCCGCGGGGAGGAGGCCUGGACGUGGUAUGGCGUUCUCAAACGUUACAUUCUCAACUGUUACAUGAUUUGUAAUGCAAAUUUACCAGCAAGAUCGCAUCGCCACGAUUAAGCUGCUUCGCAUGACAAAUCUCCGAAGGGACAGACAGCAGCUAAAUCUGCGCCAAAUCUGUAAGGCAAAAGGCGCAAUCUUCCGCCUUUCACUUUUGCCGUUCUUGCAUUUACAAAUUCGUGUAACAGUUGAGAAUGUAACACUUGAGAACGCCAUACGUGGAAUCGCGAACUUGUGAAAAUGAGCCCAGUUUUGGCAGAAACGGUAUCAAAUGUAAAAAUGUCUGGGUGGUCUGGAAGAUUGCAACUUGUCAUGCUAAAUCUGCAGCAUGCAAAAAUCUGUGUUGCAUGAUUACCAAAAGUCGUCCAGUUUUGACCAAGUCGGGAGGUAGUUUCUCAUGCAGGAUAGGCAUUAGAAAGGUCUCGCAGAAUCUGUCACGCUAGGUCCUGCAUUCCAGACCUCAUGGGUCAUUGAAAAGCAGCAUGACAAAUCGCGCAUUCUUCCAGACCCAGACAUUUUUGCAUUUGAUAAACGGAGGUGUUCAACCAUACCUUAAAGCGGAUGGAAAAAGUCAAAACCUACGAUCCCCAUCGCGUCAUCGAGGUCUACGUAGACAUCAAGCGGUGCUCUCCCAAAACUAUCCUGUGCAAGAGAUGUAGUUCUUGAAUCGUAGUCGUGUAUGAAAAUGAAUUUAUCAAAUUGCUGUUUUGCAGCAUGUUGGCAGAUCUCGUCCUUUCCGAUCCGCCUCUACACCAUGGGAAAUAAUUUAAUUUUCUUUUUAAAGUACAAGUUCGUAAAAAUGCCAUUUCGACUAAAGAAUCCGAUACUUUUGCAAUCUAUGAAAAAGUAUGCGCGGCAGCGACAGCUGGAAUGGGAAACGGGGCAGAGCCAGUCAGUCACCGAGACGCUGACCCGGAUUAAAGAGCACCAGCCGCACGGCGACCGGCGGCAGCAGGAGGAGCGCUCCCGGGAGCGCGAUCCCGAGUCGCGGACCGGGUUUUUGGCCCCGGAGUUGGCGCAGCAAUUGGAUGAAACGCUGGCCGAGGUGGGAGCCCUGCGUGCCGAACUUGGCCAGGCGAACGCAGCUUUGGAUAAUCAGCUGGAACAGGCCGGACCGAGUGCGUAGAAAAUGAUUUACGUAUAGUGAGUGCCCUGCUAGCUUCCUCUAGCUUUAGACGGACAUAGAAAGUGGAUAAAAAAGCGUGCGCUCAACUCUAAUUCUAAUUGUAGUACCUACUCAACAGGACCGUUCUGUAAAUACCCGAAAAUGAUUUCUUGAGAAUUUAGCAUGCUGCGAGGAUGAUGCAGAUUCAGGUAGUAUCAAUCGAUUUGCUAUAUUUUGUGGACAAUUUGCUUGUGCUGUACGUCUGUUAUGAUCGAGCCAAUCGAUGCCACGAUCUGCUGCUCCGUGGACAAUGAAUUAUAAUUUUGAGAAUUAGGAUGUAGUAUCGCAUUGCUCAAAACAAUUACUUUAAAAAACGGUUACACUUAUCUUCACCGAUAGGACUUUUUGGUU